GCCAGAGGAACUAUUACGCCCGAAAUUGCCGAGGCGUACGCACCCCUGGCCCGUAAAAAACGCGAGGGUUUCGUGUCGCACACGAGACUCGUCUAUAAUUUCCUCGCUUAUUUUCAAUUUAUCUCUUUAGUACUUUUUCCCAUCUUUUUUUUCGUUCUUCCUUUUUCUUUUUUAUUUUCCCUUUUUCUUUUUUUUUCUUUUUUUUUUCCUUUAAAUAUUCGAGGACACGAAAUCGCGUGUGUUGGUUCAAUGUGAGACUUCGUUCGAAGUUAGAAAGCUAUGGUUUGUGUGAUUCUUUGAGGAAAGAUCAAGUGGUGACGAAAAGAGGGAAGAGAAAGAAAAAAGAAUAAGAAGAAGAAGAGAUAGGAAGAUAGCACGGAGAAGAAAAUGCCGAGAGCUUUCCUGAUCACUCAUCGUCGAUACAAUGGCGUCGAGGAGGAGUUCGAUACUUCCGCUGGAGGUCAAAGUCCUGAACGAGGAGUUAGGCUAGCCGAAUAUGGUAGUGCUCAGCCUACUUCCGAUGGUGCUAGCGAAUGCGGCAGCGAGACCUCCUCGGAAUGUCCGGAAGAAUUGUACAAUCUUACGAAACUUGCGGAAGUGAGCCUUGCUGCAGCAGCCGGUACUUUAAUUCAUCCUAACAAUUUGAUCUACCAACGAUCAAGCUCACCGAGAUGUACCGAUCCUACGGAAAAAUGUAGCAGAACGGUUAUGCCUAGAACGAAGGAUCAUCAUCAUCAUCAUCACCAUCAUCAUCAUCUUCACCAACAGCAACGCCUGCAGGAACGGCGAAAUACCUACGAGGAAGAACAAAGCUUGGAAAGGACGAGAUUCUUCUUCGAGAGUAUCGAAAACGAACGAGAGAUGCUUGGGAUUAAAAGACUAUCGCCUCAUCAUCCUCGUCAUCAUCAUAGAAAUCAUCAUCAUCAUCAAACAAAUCAUCCUCGGGAAGAAACUUCUUUCGUGACGGAAAACAAAAUCGAGCCACCUCCAAAGGCGACUAAUGUCAGUGAACCACCAAGUCCUACGGCUCAACAAGCUCGUAGAACUAUUCAGAGUAAUCUAGAAAAUGCAAAGAGCGAGGACAACGAGGAUCACGAGUGUCCCGAUUGUGGAAAAAAAUACUCUACGUCUUCUAACCUGGCCAGACACAGACAAACGCACAGAUCACUCGGUGAUAAGAAGGCUAGGAGGUGUCCACAUUGCGACAAGGUUUAUGUCAGCAUGCCUGCCUUCAGUAUGCACGUUAGGACUCAUAAUCAGGGCUGCAAGUGUCACUAUUGUGGCAAGUGCUUUUCCAGGCCAUGGUUGCUUCAGGGACAUAUACGCACGCACACAGGUGAGAAACCGUUCAAGUGUACAAUCUGUAACAAAGCUUUCGCCGACAAGUCGAAUCUCCGUGCACAUAUCCAAACACAUUCGAACACAAAACCGCACGUAUGUGCUCGAUGUGGCAAGGCAUUUGCCUUAAAGUCCUAUCUUUAUAAACACGAGGAAUCGUCCUGUAUGCGAGCGCAUCAUCGUUCCUCCAUGGAGAAGAACGAAUCGAGCGAACGAAAGACAACGUCUAACUCAUCGACAACAUCUGGUAGAACGAACGAACCUGCUUCAACGGCUUUGGAUGCUUUGAACGACUCACAGACUACGACAACGACGGCAAUGGCCACGACGAGUACAACGACAAUGGCUUCCUGUAUGACAGCUUCACCAACCAGCGUGAUCGUUCCGCGUUUGGGUCUUCAACGUGAUCAAGCCUGUCCACCAUCAGCAUUUUCAGCCAUCAUCAAACACACUGGUGCUAGCGAGAACGUUACUCCACCGCCAGCUAAACGUCCUUUCAAAGAACUCGACGGGAAGUCACAAGAGACUAAAACCACUGAGAUCGUUUCUAGCAUGGUCAUUAGAACCUCGGUGAUAUCACCCAAUCCAGAACAUUUGGGUCGAUUCAAUGAAGCUAAGAAACCUUCUAAUACCUUCGAUUAUCCCGAGUCAACGAGAACUUCGGCUUUCUCAAGACCCACAACGAUGACUCUCAAUUUGGCGAUUGCGUGAAACAACGAAGAAAAAUUUCGACCUUAUCGACUAGUUUCUUUUUAUUAGGCUCCUAUUUUAUUUCCUUUUGUUUUUAUAGAACGAAAUUGUGUAAUCGAGCUGAGAAGAAUUUUACUUUGUUUCGAUGCCAAAGGUGUCGAUUUCCGACACGUGAUCACUAAGUGUCGAGUUUAAAUAAUGAUCGACGUGCAUUACGUGAACGGGUAUUGUCUAAAGUAUCUUCCUAAUUAGGGACCAUGUAGGGAAUAGUCGUAAUUAAUAUUAACGUCCUAAGACAUUAUAAGCAUUAUAUCUUUAAAUGACGUGCCCAAGGGUCUUCCGAUUGAUCGUGCCUUAGGACUAUAUCUUUUUUUUAUUUUAUUAUAUUUCUUUAUCAGCGGCUGAACGAUCGUUCAAAUUUCUAUGCUAUUUGACGAAUUUUCCAAAACAUAGGGCGUCAUUAUUUUAUUACCAAUCCUAAUUGAAUUACAGUGACAUUGAUAUAAUUAUUUUAUAAUUAGAUUCAACAAUAGAAUCUCUUCACGUGCUCUUCAAGGCAGCUAAAAAAGGUGCCUCGCGGAUCGUAUAAACGAGCGUACCUAACAGUGUUAUAUGAAAAAGAACAUUGACGAAGUCAUAGUGAUAUUAGAUCUGUACAGUAGAAUUUACGAAUUGUUUUUAAUUAGGUUAGUUCGAUCGAUUUGAAUAUUUCAUAAAUUCGAGUAAAAAAUUUCUCGUUAGAUUUAGUCCAACUAAAGUAAUUAAUUUAUCUAUGUCAAGUUAGAAUAAGAAAUCGUGAAAGUAGUCGUAAAAUGUUUAAAUGGAUUUCAAACGAUACUAAUUAUUGUAAAAUUACUUAUAUUUCUAAUGUAUUCUAUCUGUGAUUGAAAAAAUUGUAAAGAUAAAGCUUGUACGUUGUAUGUAUGUACGAUGUAGGUUGCAGUACGUACGAUAAUUAAGAAUUUUUUUUCAUAUGUUUUAUCCAUUACCAACCGUCGGUAAGGAUCAGAGUGUGAACUAGUCGAGUCCGUUUUGCUACAACGAGCGUAACCCUUCGCAUCGAAGCGACUCGUUAUUUAUUUUUGCGAGUCUUGUUCGUUCUCUGUUCUAAGAAUUAAUUUUCCAUUGAAUGAUGAGAUAUUAAAAAACAUAAAAGAACAUUAUCGCAGCUCGAUAAAGUAGGAAUUGCCACGAGUGAGGCGGUUACCACGAGAACUCGAGUGGCAACGGUUAUUAAUAUACGAAAAGAUAUAAUAUAACUAAUAUUUACUCAAAAAUAAGAUUAUUGUAAGAUAGUUUUAUUCCUCGUUAGAUCAGUAAAAGGAUCGAUGGUGUUAUGAAAUAUUCUAAUUACUGAUCGAAUUCGAGGAUUUAUAUCUUUUCUUUCUCUUUCUUUUUUUUUCUUUCUUUCUUUUAACAUUAUCGUAGUAAUCAUUUUACUCGACAUUGUAAAUAGCAUUCCCAAUUCUGUCGUAUUUAGAAAUUAGAUAAACGUGAUGCGUAGCCGUAUUAUUAAAGACAGUUUGAUACGCUGUUUAUUGUAAAUAAUUGUAUGUGCCAUUUGUAGUACUGGAGUGCCUUAUGUGAAUAUUUUACUCACUUUUUGUACGAAUUGUGAAACUAUUUGUCCAUCGCAUCAAGAAAUAUAUAUAUAUAUAUAUACAAAUAUAUACAUAUAUAUCUAUUAUCGUGUACAUAAUUUUUGUAUAUUUCUUUUCUUCAAUAACUAAUAUCAAAUCAUUGAGCGAGAUGCAAAUUGCUAUUAAGAGAAGUAGUCUAUGUCAGUCGUUCGUUUUGUUUUUAUUCAUCGGUCCCAUUAUCGGAUUGAUGAACCGUACGAUCGUUAGUGAUGCUUCGAACUAGAGUAAACAGAGAGUUGCUGUAUUUAGUAAAUGAAUUGAAGUCAAUAAUUAGGACACACGAAGAAGAAAUCAUUUCGAUCGAUAAUGAUGACGACCAUGUCAACGUCUUCUUCGCAUCUCUUAUUCAGUCAUGCAAAGAGACCGAUCCAUGUCAAUGAAAAUUAAUGUAAUCGAUAGAGUUAAUAUUUCUUUUUAAGAACUACAUAUAUUUUAUCUAGUAAUCAGAUUUUAUAUAUAAAUAGAAAAGAAAAUUAAUAUAAAAAUAAUUGCAUAGAUAAAAAACAUAUCUUUUGUUUAUACAACACACACACAUAUAUAUGUAUAUAUACAUAUAUAUACAACAUAAUGAAGUUGAGUUAUUAAUGCAAAAUUCGAACUAAUUCCAUAGAAUAGAUAGAAAACACGAUGUUCUCAUCUUCCAUUUGUAUAAUAUACAUACUAAAUGCAACAAGUUUGAAUUAUGAAAAUACAAGAUCUCAUUGUGAAUAGAAAAAUCUCGUAAUAUCAAUAUUUAUCGGAUUUCCCGAAAGUAUAUCUUUGUUGUUGCCGGCAAAGACACAUAUUCACAUCAUAAGUUUAGGUAACAAGAUCCGCAUGAAGUCGAGCGAGAGGAGAGAUAACGUAACACUCACAAUACGUCUUCUUCUUAGAAUUCUUUCUAUCAGUUCGCAAGAAAAGAAAUGACAACGUUAUUUACAUGAUAUCGGUCGAUAAUAAGUAGUAGAUCUUUUUCUAACAUCGUUUGAAAAGUUCCAUUUUUUCUUUAUCCUAUUUCGUCGAAUUUUUGCAAUAACUCUUUACAUCGAUGUUCCACCGUGAAAUGUGCGAGUAUGAGUGAACCGGUAAAGAGGAAGUGGAAGAAGAAUAAGAAGAAGAGAAGGAGUGAACAGAGUGGGAGUUGACGACUCAGCAGCAACGAAGAUCAACGUAGAAAUUAAUAGUAGAAGUGUCCCGAAGAGGCUCAAGCCAUGCGGCCAAUCCUCUUUAUCCUGAUCUGCCUCACAAAUACGGCUUUUUCGUACUAUUCUGUAAGUUCGUUAUUAUUAAUAAAAUUUUUAUUACCGUG